CACAGAUCAGCAGAACAUUUGAGAGGAGCUCAGCUACAUUUGCAACAACUGAAAGACAAGCACAGGACAGCUAAAGCUAAAGAUGGCAAACGGACCAGCCCUGUCCACUGCUAAAGGUGGGGAAGUAUAUGUACGGAGUGAAUUCAGAGAUUCCUGCACAAUGUUGCAUGUUCUCCAUGCAAAUCAGUUUGAAGGAGAAAUUUUUGAUCCAGCACUCACUGGGAAGACAGAAGAGAAUUUCUACAGAGGGGGCCCACCUCAGUGGUUAAACUUCUACAUCAGUGAACAGGCAGAGUCCCUUGGGACUGCUUUUAUCAAAAGAGAUGGAUAUGAGAAACUCAGGGAACAAAUUCAGAAAAAGAGAACAUUUCCAGGGAUAUCAGCUGUAAAACUGACACACCAACCAGGAUGUGGGGGAACUACAAUGGCCAUGCAGGUGAUGUGGGAUUUGAGAAAAACCUUCAGGUGUGCUGUUUUAACUGGCUCCACCUCAGACAUGGCAAAAGUUGCAAAAGAGGUUGUCCAACUUUUCACAGCAGGCAGUCGAAACGACCAGAACACUGUGCUGUUGUUAGUGAAUGAAAAGAAAAUCCUGGAAGAUCUUGAAAUCAACAUUAUGAUGACAGUUGCUGAGCAGAAGAUAGUUACUCGUAUGCCUGUAGUCAUUUUCCUCAGCUGUGUGAGAAACAAUGCACCUCAACAGAGUGACCACGUUGUCCUAAAGAACACACUCUCAGACAAUGAGAAGGACAAAUUUGAUAAGAAAAAGGAAGAGCUUCAAAAGAGGUACAAAGAUAAAUGUGAACAAUUUCAUGGCUUUAACAUAAUGCAAAGUAAUUUCUCUCAGGACUACGUCAGGGAGGCAUGUGCUGCAUUAGAAAAUUGCAAAAAAACUAAUCAGUCACUGAAGCUUGCUGCCUUCCUGUGCCUGCUGAAUGCCUACGUACCAGGUUCAUAUCUCCUGGAGUCUCAGUGCCUGGACUUCCUCAGACAUGAAGACUACGAUGACCUUUCACUGGAGGAUCAAAUGCAGCCUUUCAGUCAUCUCAUCAUCACAUUCCAAGAAGAUGGAAGAGCUGAGAAAAAAGUCCGCAUGGCUCACACUAUGAUAGCACAAUAUUGUACUGAACUGUUGGCAAAGGCAGGUGUGACCAGAAGUGACACAACAAGAAACUUCGUGAACACUUUUUGUAGAGAUCCGAUUCCUCUGUGGUUCCUUGGUUUUGUCAAAGAGAUGUUAACCAAAAGAGAAAUGAAACAAGAAGUGGACCAAGUCAACAGCACAGACAUCAAACAGAAAAAGUUUUCUAGACUGAUUCUAGACAUUGAAAUGAUGGAGGGGAAAGAGCAGUGUGCAACAGUUUUAGAAGUGGCCUCAAAUACAUUUGGUCAAAAUCCAUUUUUUCCACAAGCUCUUGCUCGUUUUUAUUAUAUAGAACUAAAAGACUACAAUCAGGCAGAAAUGUGGGCACAGAGAGCAAUAGAAAGAGAUCCUCAAAAUUCAUUUGUUGCUGACACACUUGGCCAAGUCCAUAAAAACCACCUAAUGAACAAUGAGGUUUCUGAACCAAGAGACAUUUUGAGACUGGCCAAAAAAGCCAUUAAAGCUUUUGAAGAUGAAGAAAAACUUGCUGAAGAUGAAGAUGGACCAGACAUGAAAAAACAUGGCAAUAUAAAAGUUUCACCUUUUUAUAACUUCAGAGGGCAGUUUGGUUACCUGCAGGUCUGCAAAACUCUGCAUAAGAAACUUGUCAGUCAAAAUGAAACCUGGGAAAAAGUUCUCACCAAAAAAGUAUCGAUGGGCUCUGUCCUCGAAUUACUUGGAGACAACAAACUCCAAAGAUUCAAUGAUCUCAUAUUAAGCCUGCAAGAUGACAUUGAGAGAAAAUGCAUGUUUUUGGAAAAAUUUCAGACUUACUCAAAGCCUAAAAUGGAGAAAGAUGAUCCUGAAUAUAUAUCUAAAGACACCUCAGAGUGCUACCAGAAGUAUGUUGACAACACAACUGCAAAACAACUCAUCCAGAUGUUUCAGGAGGGAAACCUAGAUGACCAGUCUGUGGAAGUGCUGUCAUUUCUUGUCAAACAAUACACUCAAUCAGAGCUCGAAGACAUAUCUACAAAGUGUAGAGAAAUGUGUCCAAGUGCAGAUUCAGAAGCAGCUCUGGUCAACAACAUCCUCACACUAUUUAUAGGGAAAAUGCCAUCGAGCAAGAAAGACCCACCUGAGCUGCACAUGUUCUCCCUCCUCUGGUACUGGGCUGGAAAUCAAGGCCAAUGUGAUUAUGACCUCAGUGAGUUAACUCAGCAAAUGUACAAGUCUUAUGAAAAUACAUAUAAGAAGUACUUUCGAAACAGAUACCUCCUUCCUGUGUUUUUCAUUGGGAAAGGUGAAGGUGUGAAGAGAAUUGUUCACAGAAAUGUUAUUGAGAAACAUCUGAAAGUGAUUGAAGCAGAUUGGAGCGAUAACUGGAAGAAAGAAGAAAUCUUCAGAAAUCCUGCUGUUCAAGAGCUCCUUCUCAGACUUGAUGGAGAAGUAAGAAACUACAAAGUGUAUACAAGAGUUGGUGGCAAAGAGAUUAAGAUCGAUGCCAAUGUGAGAAACAAAAUUUGGAAACCACGCUCAGUUACCUUUUACCUUGGAUUCACCAUCAGAGGUCCUGUGGCCUUUGACAUUCAGCGCAAAACUGCAGACACAGGACUAUUAAAGCUGAGGAUGGCAAACGGACCAGCCCUGUCCACUGCUAAAGGUGGGGAAGUAUAUGUACGGAGUGAAUUCAGAGAUUCCUGCACAAUGUUGCAUGUUCUCCAUGCAAAUCAGUUUGAAGGAGAAAAUUUUGAUCCAGCACUCACUGGGAAGACAGAAGAGAAUUUUUACAGAGGGGCCCCACCUCAGUGGUUAAACUUCUACAUCAGUGAACAGGCAGAGUCCCUUGGGACUGCUUUUAUCAAAAGAGAUGGACAUGAGAAACUUAGGGAACAAAUUCAGAAAAAGAGAACAUUUCCAGGGAUAUCAACUGUAAAACUGACACACCAACCAGGAUGUGGGGGAACUACAAUGGCCAUGCAGGUGAUGUGGGAUUUGAGAAAAAGCUUCAGGUGUGCUGUUUUAACUGGCUCCACCUCAGACAUGGCAAAAGUUGCAAAAGAGGUUGUCCAACUUUUCACAGCAGGCAGUCGAAACAACCAGAACACUGUGCUGUUGUUAGUGAAUGAAAAGAAAAUCCUGGAAGAUCUUGAAAUCAACAUUAUGAUGACAGUUGCUGAGCAGAAGAUAGUUACUCGUAUGCCUGUAGUCAUUUUCCUCAGCUGUGUGAGAAACAAUGCACCUCAACAGAGUGACCACGUUGUCCUAAAGAACACACUCUCAGACAAUGAGAAGAAAAAUUUUGAUAAGAAAAAGGAAGAGCUUCAAAAGAGGUACAAAGAUAAAUGUGAACAAUUUCAUGGCUUUAACAUAAUGCAAAGUAAUUUCUCUCAGGACUACGUCAGGGAGGCAUGUGCUGCAUUAGAAAACAGCAAAAAAACAAAUAAACCUCGGAAGACGCAGCUUGCUGCCUUCCUGUGCCUGCUGAAUGCCUACGUACCAGGUUCAUAUCUCCUGGAGUCUCAGUGCCUGGACUUCCUCGGACAUGAAGACUACGAUGACCUUUCACUGGAGGAUCAAACGCAGCCUUUCAGUCAUCUCAUCAUCACAUUCCAAGAAGAUGGAAGAGCUGAGAAAAAGGUCCACAUGGCUCACACUAUGAUAGCACAAUAUUGUACUGAACUGUUGGCAAAGGCAGGUGUGACCAGAAGUGACACAACAAGAAACUUCUUGAACAGUUUUUGCAGAGAUCCGAUUCCUCUGUGGUUGCUUGGUUUUGUCAAAGAGAUGUUAACCAAAAGAGAAAUGAAACAAGAAGUGGACCAAGUCAACAGCACAGACAUCAAACAGAAAAAGUUUUCUAGACUGAUUCUAGACAUUGAAAUGAUGGAGGGGAAAGAGCAGUGUGCAACAGUUUUAAAAGUGGCCUCAAAUACAUUUGGUCAAAAUCCAUUUUUUCCACAAGCUCUUGCUCGUUUUUAUUAUAUAGAACUAAAAGACUACAAUCAGGCAGAAAUGUGGGCACAGAGAGCAAUAGAAAGAGAUCCUCAAAAUUCAUUUGUUGCUGACACACUUGGCCAAGUCCAUAAAAACCACCUAAUGAACAAUGAGGUUUCUGAACCAAGAGACAUUUUGAGACUGGCCAAAAAAGCCAUUAAAGCUUUUGAAGAUGAAGAAAAACUUGCUGAAGAUGAAGAUGGACCAGACAUGAAAAAACAUGGCAAUAUAAAAGUUUCACCUUUUUAUAACUUCAGAGGGCAGUUUGGUUACCUGCAGGUCUGCAAAACUCUGCAUAAGAAACUUGUCAGUCAAAAUGAAACCUGGGAAAAAGUUCUCACCAAAAAAGUAUCGAUGGGCUCUGUCCUCGAAUUACUUGGAGACAACAAACUCCAAAGAUUCAAUGAUCUCAUAUUAAGCCUGCAAGAUGACAUUGAGAGAAAAUGCAUGUUUUUGGAAAAAUUUCAGACUUACUCAAAGCCUAAAAUGGAGAAAGAUGAUCCUGAAUAUAUAUCUAAAGACACCUCAGAGUGCUACCAGAAGUAUGUUGACAACACAACUGCAAAACAACUCAUCCAGAUGUUUCAGGACAGAAACCUAGAUGACCAGUCUGUGGAAGUGCUGUCAUUUCUUGUCAAACAAUACACUCAAUCAGAGCUCGAAGACAUAUCUACAAAGUGUAGAGAAAUGUGUCCAAGUGCAGAUUCAGAAGCAGCUCUGGUCAACAACAUCCUCUCACUAUUUAUAGGGAAAAUGCCAUCGAGCAAGAAAGACCCACCUGAGCUGCACAUGUUCUCCCUCCUCUGGUACUGGGCUGGAAAUCAAGGCCAAUGUGAUUAUGACCUCAGUGAGUUAACUCAGCAAAUGUACAAGUCUUAUGAAAAUACAUAUAAGAAGUACUUUCGAAACAGAUACCUCCUUCCUGUGUUUUUCAUUGGGAAAGGUGAAGGUGUGAAGAGAAUUGUUCACAGAAAUGUUAUUGAGAAACAUCUGAAAGUGAUUGAAGCAGAUUGGAGCGAUAACUGGAAGAAAGAAGAAAUCUUCAGAAAUCCUGCUGUUCAAGAGCUCCUUCUCAGACUUGAUGGAGAAGUAAGAAACUACAAAGUGUAUACAAGAGUUGGUGGCAAAGAGAUUAAGAUCGAUGCCAAUGUGAGAAACAGCCUUUGGAAACCACGCUCAGUUGCCUUUUAUCUUGGAUUCACCAUCAGAGGUCCUGUGGCCUUUGACAUUCAGCGCAAAACUGCAGACACAGAUCACAGUGUCAUGGAUCUCAGUGGAACAGCCCUGACCAACGAUGUGAAAGACACCAAAGAUAAUGAGGGACAUUAAAGUUUGUGCUCAGUUACCCCAUGGGAAGGUGAUUCUGAGACUUUUCUUUGUGUUUAUGUGUUUACAUGUAGGGGCAAAAACGAAAGGAAUGGGCUCUGUAAUGUUUAAAACCAAUGCAAAAGAAGUAUGUGUUAUGGUCAUUUUUCCUGCUGCCACAGUUUUAGUCAUAAAUAUAUUAUUUCUGCUAACACCUUAGAUUAAACAACAGACAAACAACAAAAAGUUGAGUUCCUAAAACUUUUUUGCCAAGUGUCUAUUUAAUACUUUGUUAGUGGAUUUGUCACAUCUAUGUAAGCUUUUAUGUAGUGAAGUUUAGAAACUUUGUGAAGAAACGUCUCAAAUGAUUUUUUACAUUGUUGUUUAAUUGUUUUAAUUGGAAGUUUUAAAAACAUGAUAUUACAGAAUUGUUUUGUCAUUUAUAACAUGACACGAGUGAAGCAUAACCAAUGAAAAUGUUUGACAUAUUUUAGUUGCUGCUUGAUAUAUUGUACUGUUUUGAUUUUUUUUCUAAAACAGUAGAUUUAUGAGAUAUAAGUUUAUUUGUUGUUUUAUUUGUGCAUUAAAAUGCAGUUCCGUGUAUGUGCUAUUACCUUCAUGGAUUUAUUAGGGAUUUAUGCAAUUUUAAAAAUAGAAAAUAGGGUUUCUUUGUUCUUAUUGUGUUGCAUUGUGUUGUGAGGGGUUUUUUUUCACAUUUUUAAUCAGACCUUUGUAGUUUUAUCUUUGUUUAAAUUAAGAUGAGUAUUGCUGAAUUUAUCAUUACUCAGUAGGUAAUGUUUUGUUUCUGCAGCACAGAAUCCAUUUGGAAAUUUGCAUACUCAAAUUUGAUUAUGUGAAUCAAUAUUAAAGUUACAUACAUAGCCACCUUUGUAUAAUAAUAUUGUUUUGCAUUAAUUUCAAAUGUGUUUACUGGCUGUUAGUGAAAAUGACACAAUUACUUUUAAAUGUUUUAAAUGUACACUCGGUUUUGCAUUUGAUGGUUUUUGGGGGUAUUUUAAAGGGUGUAUCUAUAGCUGUGGCAUACCAUUAAAACAUUACAUUACAUCGUUA